AUCAUUCUUAAUGGAAUGAUUUCAAAGUAAAUACAAUUACGAAAUCUUUAUCGUUAUUCGUAUUGGCAUUGACCGUAGAAUGUAGACUAUUGUCAAUUACAUAAUUGUAGCUGAAUGGAUACUUGACUGUUACUGAAUUCCUGUACAUAUGUAUGUAGGAGUAUAUGUAUAUUCAUAUGGGACAUUUAAAGUCGAAAAUACCUAUUUAUAUUAUCAUUUAAUGGUACAUUUACUCCUUAUAAGUUCGUCCUCGUUUGUCCUUUUGAUGUAUUGCAUAAUUAGGCGUACGAUCCAAUUAGACCGAAAUUACUAAUGUCACACUUGUUAUUUGAUACAGCCUAUGACACGUUUAUGACAAUUAUUCGCAAGCGGAAUAUAUUCGCAUUAUUCGCACUUGUAGCCAAAAUGUGUUAGCGUGCAGUUGGAAUUAUCCGGAUAAAAGAUUCUUAAAUUAUUCAUUCGAGAAUUUUACGUCAGAAUGAACCAUAAUGGAUAUAAGGAAGACUAGAGUUUAUUUUGGCAGGAAUAGUCAGUUCGAUAUUGCUGUUUUUUACAUUUUUCUUUUUCUUGAACCUUUGUAGUUCAUAUUUCAAUAGGUUUAUUACAGAAAAAAUGUGUAUCAGUCUUCAUUGCGAAUGUUAGUGAGACACGAUUGUCAAAGUGUUCGGUGUGUUCGGAAAACAUGUGCCUUUGUGAUUAAUAUAACUAAAUAUCGAUUUUCUAAUAUAACCUGUAGCUUCCGUUGUAAACUUCCAUCGAAAAUACUUAUACUCGCAUAUGUUGUAAAAUGGCCUAAGUGACUGUUGUCAUUCGUCGUAGAAAAUUUUAAUUAUUAAAUUAUUUGCCAAAAUCAUCGUAGACGGUGCAUAUCAAGUGCCUUCAAAUAUAAAUAAUGCAGCUACUAUCGACAUUUAUGGCGAGACACUUGAAGCGUGGCUCUUCCCUGAAAAAAGGGAGGCGUGAAAGUGGUGGCGAUUCCAGCCUUGUUGGCCAUUGGCCAGGUCCGUCGGGGGCUUCAUUUAGACCCUUUAACGACAGUUCUAGCUGUAGUCCUGUUAUCACAGGUACUACGAUGACGCCAGACGAUCCAGCCCCUGAUGAAGAGUUUGCGUUAGCUGUUACACAGAAAGCUGAGAGAGAUACCGAAGCAGUCCGUGGAGCCUUAUAUCUUGGACUGGUCCUGACGAUUGCAUGGAUGGUUGGUGCUACAGGACUCUCCUUAGCCUGGCUCGUACUAGUACUCGCUCUAGUGGGCACCAUAGUGAAGGCCAGAUUAUCAAGACUUCUGGAAACAGCACUGCAGCACGAGGUGUCAAGACUAAGACGGAGGCGGGCGCUUUACAAAGAUGAAACAGCUGAAUGGUUGAGUCUUCUCUUGAAUAGAUGGUGGAGAUUCAGCGCAGCAAGUAUAUUUUCAUUGGCGAAGGAAAGGAUCGAGCCUCUUCUGAAUGACGCCAAACCGGGAAUUCUUGGCCCAUUGGAAUUGAAAGAACUCACGCUGGGCGAACAAACUCCCUGCGUCACUCGAGUACGAACUUUGAACUAUAACAAUGAUGAUGACAUGCCGGGUAGUUGUCCUGGUCUUACUAAGUUAUUGGUAGAAGCUGAUUUGCGACUUGAUUGCGAGCAAUUUCGAAUGCUUAUCACAACGAGACUCUUUGGAAAAGGCAUGGGUAUGGAUGUUGAUGUGGCUGUUGAGAAACUUUCACUAUCGGGCACAAUUCUCGCAACACUGACGCUAAAUCCUUUAGCGCCAUUUCCUCAUAUAACUCAUCUCAGCGUGAGUUUUAUCGAGAAACCUGACGUCUGGUUCAGCGUUCGCGUACUGCGCGCGGUUCAGAUGAUGGAAGUGCCUCUGGUAAAGACAUGGAUCCGUGCUGUGGUAUCCGAUGCUUUGGACAGUUGGUUGGUGGAUCCAGGGCAUCUCGAAUUGGACCUCAGGGCUCAGGAAAGACCUGGUCCAGGUCUGGCCUCUGUCGCGAAUACAAUUCCUCAGGGCGUACUUACAGUUACACUUAAUCAGACAGGCUGCUCGGGGCAAGCUGCCGAUGAAGUAAGAUGGCUGGUGGUGACGAUUGGCGAGCAAAAAUGUACGACUGCACAUCUUGGAUCAACGUGGACGGAAGAUGUAUCGUUCUUAGUUGGCUCUUUGGAUAACGAGAGGAUCACAAUUAAAGUUAAGACCAAGAGACUCGUUAGCACUAUUACAUUAGCACAAUUCGAGCUGGCAUUAGGAGUGUACAAUUGGGAGAAUUCACCGAUCAUCGAGACCGUUCUACAGCAGAAGAAACCAUCGCGAAAUAGUUCCAAUAUUCCCAAUAUAAACGCCAGAUUGGAAUACACAACGCUUCCGAAUAUGGAACCGGAUCUACCACAACCGGACGUACACGAAGAGAACUUGCAUCCUGCUGGAGUUUUAGUGGUUUACAUCCAUUCCGCUGAGGAUCUUAAUAGCGAUGCAUCUCAGUGCAAUCCCUAUUGCAUGCUAUUUAAUAAUCGUAAAAAGGUAAAAACGACUCAUUACAUACGCGGGACUACCGCGCCACGUUGGGAAACUAGGGCUCAAUUUCUCGUUCAAGAUUAUACUCAAGUCUCCUUAAGUUUCGUCAUUUGUUCAUGGAAUAUAUCGAAAAUGGCCGACACGGACAUGCUUGGACUCGCAAUGCUGUCAUUGACACAGGGUUCGACUUGGAUCGUGAGAAAGGAACUGACUCUCAGCGGUUCAAACAGCAUGUCAACAUUAACAGUAUCUGUAUUAUUUUAUCCCGUGACAAGUGUACAACAAGUGAUGACUAGUCGGCGAAGUAGUAUAGUGCCACCAGCUUCGGACGAUGAACCGAAAGCUAAAAGAAAUAGUCUUCCUUGGAUGCAGCAAGCAAAAUUACUUUUGACGCAUCGAGACGCGGACAUCGCGUCUUCAGAUAUUUCUAGUUUACUCUCCACCGGAAGUGGUCUGAUGGAAGUUACGCUUUUGAGGGCCAAAGAUCUGGUUGCUAAAGAUCUGAAUGGAUUUAGCGAUCCAUUUUGCGAAUUGAAACUGAAUAAUGAGACCAAGUACAAGAGUAGUAUCAAGAAGAAGACAUUGAAUCCUUGUUGGGAUGAAAGUUCUAUUAUGGGAUUGCCAAGAGCGGGAGAGACAUUGGAUGUUAUGUUGUGGGAUCAUGACACUUUCGGUAUGAGGGAUUAUCUUGGAAAAGUAUCAUUGACUCUAGAAGACAUCAGAAAACUGUCGAGUACAGAUCAGUCCCAUUGGUUUCUUUUAAGAGGAACCAAAUCGGGAUCUGUGGAGCUGAAAAUUAAAGUUCUCUCAGAGGAAUGCGAGACCCAGAGUACUUGCGCUGCCAGUAACGCCAGUGAAAUUUCGGCAAGGCCAAAUAUAGAUACCGAAACAGUAUCGAAUAUUAUUCGAAGACCCUCUAUGGAAAAGUCGAAAAUGCGAUUACAUUUAGAACCACCACCAGUGAUACCACCACCACCGCCACCACGAACUGUCACUUUGAUGAAACCAGCAGCUUCCACUUAUUCCGACAAAAAUAGUACCACCAGCAAAGAAUCUGGUGAAUUAAAUGGUUUAGCAAGUUCUUGGGUACCGCCAAGAGCGAACACGGAAUCAGCCGAUGACACGGUAGACGAAUUAGACACGAGAAAAGUAAACGAAAGAAGAUCGUCCCAUCACAGUUUAUCUCCCAGUCCUGAACAAAGUUUUGGAAAGAAGAUGCCACAGUACAACAGUUUCCGAGUGAUGAAGCAAAAGGUCAAAAGAGGACUGAAACUUCGCCGAUUUCGCUCAGAAGUUAAUAUAGAAGACAAGAGUGACACUAAUAAAGGAGUAUCGCUUAGUUUAGAACCAAGAGGUGGUGGGGAAGCUGACGCCACGGAACUUCUACAGGGUGCAGGACUGUCUCAUGCAGUCUCACAGCCAGAUAUGCUCGGCAGAAUAAGACCACUUAGUCCACGAUUAAGGAUAAGACCCAAUGAAUUGAAGGUCAUCAAUGGAACCAGGGAAAAAUAUUCUGGAAUCGAGGGUAAAGUACUGCAGGCUCAAGGACUUCAUGUAGCGCACAUUGCACAACUUUAUUGUCGAGUGAAAUUUCAAACGUGUACCAGUCCUGAUAAAAUCUCAGCAACGACAAACGGUGGUAAAACAAUAGCAAAGUCACGACUUUUACCAGCUAUGCCCAAUCCGCAGUUUAGCAUAGACUUUCAGCUUGAGGGAAACAAUGUCCCGCGGCAGGCUGCAUUAAUCUUUGAAAUAAGAAGCGCCAGUAAAGAAUUGUUGGCAAGUCGACGAAUAACUCUUCAUGAAUUGUUAGGAGCUUCAGCUGCCUCUAAUGAAAUUCAUACGUGGUUGGCGUUGAACAAUGGCGCAUCGAUCGAAGUGCAAAUCGCUCAUGGUAGGGAACUCAAGAACAAAUCGACAAAGAAAUUAUUUCGAUCCUGGUCCGUUCAUCGAAUUGGGAAGAUAUGA